AUGAUGUUCAUCGUGCGAGCAACGUCGAAGCUCAAAUUGUUAUCAUCCGAUAUGGUUUAUCCAGCAUCCGUGUUUAUUACUGGGACAGACAGAGGGAUUGGAUUCGGUUUGGUGCAGGAGUUUCUCAAAAUCAAAUCCGUGGAACAUGUCAUCGCAGGAGCACUGAGUCCCAAAGACGCCAAGGAAUUGAACGCUAUCAAAGACGAUCGUUUGAAAAUUGUUCAAAUUGAUAUCGAGAAUGACCAGUCGAUAAAGGACGCUUAUACUCAGGCGGAGAAAAUCGUCGGAGACAAGGGUCUGAAUCUCUUGGUGAAUAAUGCAGGCGUUUUACCGUCAUAUUCUACCAAUGGACCAAUCUCCAGAGAAACAAUGAUGAAGUGCUUGAAUGUAAAUCUUCUGGGUACAACCAUUGUCAGUCAGAUUUUCUUACCUCUUCUAAAAAAAGCCUCUGCUCACGUCAGCGAUGAUCAUCUGGGUGUUGAUCGAGCUGCUAUCAUAAAUAUAUCCAGUUGGUUUGCUUCCAUCAGCGGAAACAAUGAUGGUUCAGGUCAUUUAGGAGCUCUGGCUUACAAAAUUAGUAAGACAUGUAUCAAUCAAAUGGGUAAAACAAUGUCGAUUGACUUGGCUAAAGACAAAAUUAUUGUGGCACAGUUAUGCCCAGGUUGGGUACAAACCGAAAUGGGCAAUCUGAAUGGAAUUAUAGCUGAAAUUACAAUAGAAGAAUCCGCCUCUGCCUUAGUGAACACUAUGACAAAACUGGAGAAACAACAUAGUGGAGGGUUUUUCGACCGUCAUCUCAAAGUUAUUGCUUAUUGAGCGUAUCUGUAGUUACGUGCAGAUUUUUUCUUGCAUACUUACCGGUGUCUGUAUAAUUUAGUGUAAUAAGAGGAGUAAAGAUGGAAG